AUGGCCCUCCGUCUCCGCCGCGCUAUCUCCCUCUCAUACUCCCUCCUUCACCACUCCCUUAAUCAGCCCAAACCACUUUUCUCAAUCUCUUCUCGUAUUCUCCAAUAUCCCGUAUCCGCCUCUGGCCCUUCCGCCGCCGUUAACCGCUCAUCCACCCAAUUGACGCGGCGGACUUUCACGUCGACCUCUACACUAUUCGCCAAGGAGUUUGACCCGGAGACCGAAGAAAUCGGGCCCGACAGCAUUCUCUUCGAGGGAUGCGAUUAUGAACACUGGCUCAUCACCGUCGAUUUUCCCAAGGAUCCCAAACCUACCCGAGAGCAAAUGAUUGAGACUUAUGUCAAUAUAGCUGCACAAGUUUUUGGCAGUGUGGAGGAGGCAAAGAAGAGAAUAUAUGCACUAAGCACGACAACUUAUGAGGGUUUUCAGGUUUUAUGUUCACAGGAAACAUCCAACAAGUUUACUGGUGUUCCUGGGGUUGUGUUUGUAUUGCCAGACUCGUACAUUGAUCCUUUGAACAAGGAAUACGGAGGAGACAAGUAUGUAAAUGGAGAAAUUUUCCCUAGACCGCCUCCGAACUAUGGGUCCCCAUCCCAGCAGAACUAUGGGUCCCCACCCCAGCAGAACUAUGGGUCCCCAUCCCAGCAGAACUAUGGGUCCCCACCCCAGCAGAACUACAGGUCCCCACCCCAGCAGAACUACGGGCCUCCACCCCAGGAGCACUACAGGCGCCUUCCACAGCAGGAUAUCGGGCCUCCGCCCCGGCAGAACUACAGUUCGCCACCACAGCAGAACUAUGUGCCACGUGGGCAAGAAGGUUAUGGGAACUCUCCGAAUCCCCUGCCCCAGCAAAGUUAUGGCCCACAAGGGACUGGGGACCAAAGAAGCUCUAUGUCGCCCAGUAAUAAUGAUGCCUACCAGGUAAACUAUGCUCAAGGACCGAAAGAAUUCCAGCAAGAGAAUAUCCAGACCCACAUGUCUCCCGGGCAGAGUGGGUUUACUCAGGGUUCUGGCGGAGGUUUUGAACAGGCACCUGUAGGGGCACCGAGGAACUUCUCGUCUAGGGGGAAUAAUUAA